AUGCCGUCGUCGUCAUCGACUGGUACUACGGCUUCGUCGAGUGCCAGCAGUGACAGUUCAUCGGUAAUAUCGGCCGGUAGUAUUGGUGGUGGUGGUGGUGGUGGUGGUUGUGAUGUGGCCGCCGUCGCCACCGUCGCCGGUAAUGGUGGCCACCAUCGGACGUAUAGCAGUUUGUUGGACAGCGAUCUCUAUCAUUCGUCGUCAUAUCGGCUGACAAAAAGCCGAAACAAGAAGAAAAAGAAGAAGAAAAAAUCUAAACGACGUUCCCGUCAGACGCGUAUCGAUAGCGGAUUACCAGCUCUGAGACAGUCAUCAUCGGCGGCAGUGGCGGCGACCACUUUGCCGAUUACCGUCGAUAGUGAUUGCGGUUUCCCAGCCYUGCCAAUGCACGCAACGGUUAGACCAUUGCGUAGUGUCUAUACGGAGGGCGAGGAGGUUSASUACUAUUGCGAAUACAAGGAUCAGUAUCUGAUUGGUAACGGUAGCCGAAAGUGUAUGAAAAGUCGAUGGUCAGGGGAUAUACCACAUUGCGUUCGGGAAUUACCGCGCCGUUGGCUGGAAACGAUCGUAGCGGUCGACAUAACCAAUCAUACGAUUACUGGGACCUAUACAUCCCAGCAGCUGUACUAUAGUAGUGGUGGUAGUACUAACUAUUGGAAAGACUAUGAUAAGUAUCAGUUGAUGACCUACUACGGGAAUCACGAUAGUGCGGGAGAGUGUCUGCACACACAAAUCAAGUCACAACGGGUACAGAAACUUCAAUGGCUUGUAGUGUUCAAGUGGCCAAUCGAGCAGAUAUAUCAAGUAAUAGUAGUGGUCAACACCGACGGUAUGAGUUCCACGAUAGAUGUCCGUCAAAACGGAUCGGUAAUCUCCGGGGUAUAUGUUGGCCCCUAUAGACAGUGUCUGGCCGAACGUGUCGAACAGGUAGACAUCUAUGAGAAACUCUACAGAUAUACCUAUAUCUGUGAACUGGUGGGCGACCCGAGCGUAAAACAGGACGAUAUUGAACACACUGAUGGUGGAGGAGGAGGAGGUGAUGCUAAAAAUAUAACCAUCGAUUUCGCUGUAAACCAGAUAACUGUAUGUGAACUACAUGUACGCGAAACUAUGUCCUACAGGCAUACCUACAAUCAUGGGAUGUGCGGCCAACCAGACAUACCGCUGUAUUCGACAUACGAACCGGUCUACGACAGUAGUGGCUCCGGUAUGUUAUAUUCGCCUAUUGGCUACACUUUUAAAUGCGAUGACGGCUUUUAUUUGGUCGGUAGCGAAAGUGUAAUUUGCGGAAACAAUCACAAAUGGGUGGACCAGUUUCCCGGUUGUGUACCAAACAAUACCUGUCCAAUAAUGCCCAAUAAAGUAAUCCAGGAUCUAUCGCUUACUGUCCACUAUAAUAAGCUGUACAGUAGCGGUAUUGAUGGCGAUACGGUUGUCGGAAUAACCGAUAGUCAGGCUAUCUAUUCGUGCGAUGAUAAACCGAUAGCACCAGCAGCUCAUAAUACUACCGGUGCUGCCGCUGGCACCCCCCGUAUGACAUUGUUUGGCGAUUCUGUACAAUUUUGUAUGCCUAAUGGCACAUGGAGUGGCGAGGAUCCAGUUUGUCUAGAUGAAAAUGAUUUUACAUUAUAUUUGGCCGAAUUAAAUGAGUUUGUUUUGACACAAAAAUCAAAACUACCCGAUUUUGCACGUCAUCAGCACCCGCCAAACGAUUGUGGUAUACCGGCCAUUCCCCGAUACUCGCGUAUAUUCAACUACGAUCCGGAUCUGAUUAACGUAUAUAUAGCUCAGUUGAAAGGCGAUAUCGAUAUCAAACCCAGUUAUCCGAAUGGUACAGUUAUUACCUAUGGGUGCGAAUCACGGUUCGACUAUAUGGCCAGCGAUUUUGAACAUCGUAUCUGUAUAGAUGGUAGGUGGACGGGCCGGCUGGGCCGAUGUUUUACGCCGGUUGGCGGUACCGAUAUUACACGUGUUAUAUCGGUACAGGAAAAUACAGGUACGGCCCGACAGUCGUAUCCGCCGAUAAACACUACGGUUAACCAUCGAUACUGGAAUUAUAUACAACACGAAAAUACCGAUUGUGUCCAAUUGGAUCUGGUAGCCGACAAACAGUUUACCUGGACAAUCUACCUGUCCCGGUCGGUUAAGAUGUCCUAUUUUGCUGUACGUUUUGGUACUGCAAAUAUAUUUCAUAAUCUGGACGAAGAUAUGUUUCAUGUGGACCGGGCAUCGAAAUUGGCCGGUGAACCCGUGCCUGUGAAAGCCGACAUUGUGACUAACGGUUAUGGUAGCGGUAAAAUUGAGUGCGAUGUGACCAAAGUGAUUGAAACCGGUAUGAACUCGGGUCUCACUCAGGUAUCGUUCAGGUGUAUGGAUGAGCAGCAAAACAGUGGAAAUAAAAAGGAAAACCAUAGACAACACUACUAUGGCUAUCGUCAGACAACUAACUUAAUCAACAUUCACAUCAAUCCCCAGGCCUUUCACCGUAGUUUUAAUAUGACUAACGAAACUACUGUCGCUUUUUGCGGACUAAUGCUGUUCGAGGCUUCCGAUAAAUGCGGAACACCUGAAGUCGUACCCAAUUCGGACGUCUAUCUGAAUCUGGAGGCCAAUUAUGUUCGCUAUCAGUGUCACGAUGGCUACAAACUGGUGGGCAACGAGUUUGUACGGUGUAGUCAUUCGGGCAAUUGGAUAGAUGACUUUCCUAAAUGUGUUUUAUACGAGUUGUGUCCAAUUGAUUCCGCCUACGGUACACUGGAGCGCAACUAUUUCAAUACGCUGGUUAUCGAUGGCCAGGAUCGGGCCGUUUUGGGAACUAUAGUCGAGUUCAGGUGCCGUUUGGAAAACCUUGAACAGGGCCGGCAUAUAAUGAUCGGUCCGCGAACGGCCAUCUGUACGAAAUCGGGUAAAUGGAGUGUAGCCGAACCUAUCUGUGCCGACGACAAAUAUUUUCAACAAUUCAAAACUAUUGCCGAUCAAUAUACUACUGGUGCCAGUAUAGCCGUACCGAUGACCAUAUUUAUAGUAUUAUUACUACUGGCAGCGGUAAUUGCUUCGGUAUUUCUAAUCUAUCGGCGCUACGGUCUGUCUAAUCGAUGGUUGAAUUGUUUGGAUUGUUGUAUCCGUCGUCGUCGGCCAACACGCCGAUCGUCGACAUUCAUCAGCUAUGGUCAGUCCAAUCUCAGGGACAGUGUUAUCAGUUUUGGCGAAACAAGUAUCGGAUCGUCGAUGAGUGUCGGCGGCGGCGGUGGUGCUAAUCUUAUUAAAAUGUAA